UGACAUGUAAGUUACAGUUACUGUGUGAGAAACAGAAUUCACUUAAUAUAGGCUCAAUGAUGUUUCGUGCUACUCUGGUAAUAUUUGGACGGGGUACCGUUACAAGAUUGAUGUCAACGGUUUCCAUCGACUCUGCGCUCCCAUCCAAUUUACGACUUCCAUCAAAUCUAAUUGGGGUUCCUCGAGAGAAGAGGAUCCUUCCGUCCGAUUCCGAUCUUCCUGUUCUGCGCAAAUGUGAAUCUGAGGUCCCAUCUCACCUGGCACCAGUACAGACAUGGGUUGAGACUUUAAGAGAUCGUGACAGUAAACCAUUGGGAUUGGUCGACCUCCACCCUGAUGUCUUUACUGUGCCCGUCAGGAUCGACAUACUACAUGCUGUUGAGGUCUGGCAGAGGAAUUUUAAAAGAAUUAGCCAUGCCAAGGUAAAAACCAGAGCAGAGGUCAGUGGAGGAGGUAAAAAACCCUGGAAUCAGAAAGGCAGCGGACGCGCACGGCAUGGAAGCAUUAGAUCACCAAUCUGGAGGGGAGGUGGUGUCGCUCAUGGGCCAAGAGGACCAACCAGUUAUUAUUACAUGUUACCAAUGAAAGUGCGUGUUCAAGGGCUGAAGAUUGCCCUCACCUCCAAACUGGCUCAGGAUUAUCUUCAUAUCGUGGACACGCUUGAGAUUCCUACACCAGAUCCCCAGUAUCUUCAGGACUUAGUGGCACACAGGAAGUGGGGAGACUCUGUGUUGAUUGUGGAUGCAGGCGAAGAGUUCCCAGAAAACAUUCUUCAGGCUACAGCAGCCUCGAAAACAGUGAAUGUCAUUCCUGCCAUAGGUCUGAACGUUCACAGCAUGCUGAAACAUGAGAGUCUGGUCCUCACCCUGGAGGCAGUGAAGUUUCUGGAAAAGAAGCUACUUUGGCAUGACUCACGCUAUACUCCCCUUUACCCCUUCAAACUCCCAUAUACAGACUUGCCCUGAACACUUCAAUGCUGUGUA